GGCAGGGACCCUGCAGACACGCACACACACACGGACACGCACACUCUGAGCUUUCCUCGCCAGUAAUGCCGUUUCCUUUUUAACGGGACAAGUUUAACACUGUUGGAUACCCCGCUCCCCUCUCUGCGCGCCCCUUGCCUCUAAUGUGAACAUCUUGCCCAAAUAGAGGCCUGAUUACUGGUGGUGACAGGAUGAUGAAGAUAAAGGGAGGAGGCCACAGCCGAAGGUGCAGACCUCGCUAGAUCCCCACCUUUCCCAACAACCCCUUCCCUCCACCAUCACCAUCCUCAUCAGUCAUCUCAGCUGCUGCUAUCCAUCCUCGCUGGCAGCAUGGCCAACCACCUGGAGUUGAUCCAGGAGCUGCAGCAGCUGGACAAGGUGCCCAGUCUGGAGAGGCUGCGGGCAGCUCAGAAGCGCCGUAGCCAGCAGCUGAAGAGGUGGGCCGUGUAUGAGAAGGAGAUGCAGAACAAGAAGAGGAAAGCUGACAAGAAGAGUCGCAAUUUACUCAGCCUCCAGCAGUCAGAGUCCAAGAGGAGGGUGUCCUUUGCUGCUAGUGUGGCACUUCUGGAGGCUUCGGCCAGGAAUGAUCCAGAUGAAGUUCGCUACCUACUGAGGAACAAUGUGAGUCCGGAUCUCUGCAAUGAAGAUGGCCUAACUGCUCUGCAUCAGUGUUGUAUAGACAACUAUGAAGAGAUGGUGAAGCUCCUGCUGGACCGAGGAGCCAAUGUUAACGCUCAGGACAAUGAACUGUGGACACCGCUGCACGCUGCUGCAACCUGCGGCCAUGCAGGACUCGUCAAAAUUCUCAUCUCUCAUGGUGCAGAUCUUCUUGCUGUCAACUCAGAUGGGAACAUGCCCUAUGACCUGUGUGAAGAUGACCCAACACUGGAUAUCAUAGAGACGGCCAUGGCCAACAGAGGCAUCACUCAGGAGAUGAUCAAUGAAACACGAGCAUCCACCGAGAGGAAGAUGAUGGGAGACAUUCAAGAGAUGCUGAGAUCAGGAGAUCAGGUCAACCAACAGGACUCUCAGGGAGCCACGCUGCUCCACAUAGCAGCAGCCAAUGGCUACGUGCAGGCUGCAGAGCUCCUACUGUUGGAGGGGAGCGCUCGAGUGGACCUUAGAGACUCAGAUGGAUGGCAACCUCUUCAUGCUGCAGCGUGCUGGGGUCAGAUGCAUGUGGCAGAGCUGUUGGUUUCACACGGAGCCAGUCUCAAUGCCAAGACCUUCCUAGAAGAGACUCCAAUAGAUCUGUGUGAGGAUGAGGAGUUCCGAGCCAUCCUGCUGGACCUGAAACACAAGCACGACACCAUCAUGAAGUCUCAACUCAAACACAAGACCUCACUUUGCAGGCGAACCUCCAGCGCUGGCAGCCGUGGAAAAGUGGUCCGGCGUGCUAGUUUGUCUGAUAGACACAACUUGUGUCGCAAGGAGUACGAGACUGAGGCCAUUGUGUGGAGGGGAGGGAGAGAGGAGGAAGAGAAGGAGAAGGAGUCUGAUCAGGAGAACAAUCAGGUGAAGCCCAUUGUAACUGUGGAACUACCAGAGGAGCCCAAGCUGCCCACCAUCCUCAAAGAUGGCAGCGGCACACAGAACGGCCUUGUUACAACUACGAAAUCCAUGCCACCUCAGGCGCCCCCCAAUGGCAGCGCACCAACAUCCAACAAAAGCGUGGUCGUCACCUCCCAGCCCUCACAGGAGGAGGUUACACCGAGAGAGCGCGCUCAGACAUUGUCGGAGUUAAAGAAGCAGAGGGCAGCAGCCAAGCUCUUGAAUCACCCCUUGUUUAAUGGUCACCUUGGCAACGGCUCCACAGACUCCUUCUCUGAUGCCAAAAUUUACUCAGAGGACCCUCGGAUGCCGCUGGUGUCCUCCAACGGUAAUGCAGUUUACUACACGCCGGCCAGCGGUGAUCCUCCCCUUCUGAAGUUCAAACAGCCCCUAGAGGAGGAGCAGCCCAAGGCGCGGACCUGCUGCUGUGUUUCAUAGCCUCUUGGUCACGUGGUUGUUGAGAAAACAGUAAAAACUAUGGAGGAAACGAAGAAAGUAGAUGAAGAAUAUUUCUGUUUUUGAUAUCAUGUUCCCAUUCCACUUUAAACUCAGUCCAGAGAAGUUGUAACUUCAUCGUGUGCGAGUCCUCCUUUAUGUUUCCCAAAGCAGGCAGGUGGUAAAGAGCUGUGAAUGGGGUUCAGAGGUGCAGGAGGAUCUGGUUCACUCAGCCUAUAAUACAAUCACAUAGACUGGGGAUUAUUAUUUUCUUUUACCUAAUGAGGGGUCAAAAACCUUGAUGCACUGGAUUGGAAAAAAAUCACCAAUGUGAUGUAUGCCCUGCCCUCGAACGGAGCUUAAAGG